AUGCCUCGCUAUGAAGAUCGAUAUGGCGGCACACGUCUCUACGUUGGUCGCUUGUCUUCCCGUACACGUUCACGUGAUCUGGAGGAUAUCUUCAGUAGAUACGGAAGGUAAAACGUCUACUCACACCGAUAAAUUUUUUUAUUCAUUAAAAUGCAGUCACUCUUACACACACACACACGUACACAUUUACAAGGCUGUUUAUAUAAUUUUUCACUUACACUCGCAUAAAAGCAUUAUUUGGCCUGUCGAAAUGUAAUUUUCUUAGGGAAUGAUAUUAUUUCAUCUGAAAUAGGUCCUUUGGUGUCAAACUGAAAGGUAUUCCACGAGUCGUCUCUAUUUUUCUAUUUAAAAUAUUAUCUUCGUCAGAAGGUUGAACCCUAGGGACCACUAUUUAACUUGAAUGAUGUUGUUGAAGGUUUAUGGGGUUUACCGACCUGGAGGGCUGUGGUGUGAGGGUGGCUUGGUGGAAUUGGUGGCUAUUCAUCCAAAGUGUUCAUGAGAGACUUUGGCGAUUCUUAUCGUAAUAUUAUGUUUUUAUGGAAAUGGCGAGAGUCGCGAAGUGGUGUCUAGUUCAUCUUCUGAGGAGCGAAGUAUCACUCCCUUCAGUACUUUACGUUUUGUUGGCCUUACUGUUUCUGGCAACCAUUUCCGCAGAAUACGAGAUGUGGAUUUGAAGCACAACUUCGCAUUCAUUGUAUGUACCUUCUGAUUCCCUUUGGCUGGCCAUAUCCCGUUUUAUGUAUCUAGUCCCUUUUAUUUAUUUGGUUUGGCUGGUCGAUUGUUGUCCAUAUAUGAGCCCGUUCUCUUUUGGUUUCCUCGAUGAUUUUUUGCAGGAGUUCAGUGACCCAAGGGAUGCUGAUGAUGCAAGGUAUGCACUAGAUGGACGGGAUAUCGAUGGGAGUCGUAUCAUAGUCGAAUUUGCAAAAGGAGUGAGUCACAAGAGCUUUCUGGACGGUGAUUAUGUAAAUUAUUAGUUCAUAUGUGCGUUAACUAAUAAAUUAUAUAUUCAUUGCACAGGGACCACGUGGUUCUGGUGCUUCUCGUGAAUAUUUGGGAAGAGGCCCUCCACCUGGGUCAGGCCGGUGCUUUAACUGCGGAUUAGAUGGCCAUUGGGCCCGAGACUGCAAGGCUGGAGACUGGAAGAACAGAUGCUACCGUUGUGGAGACAGAGGGCAUAUAGAAAGAAACUGUCAGAACAGCCCCAAGAGCUUGAAGUAUUUGCCUCGUACAUCUAAUUUGUUCCCUCAUUUGCUUGAGUUUUAUUUGCUUUUAUUUGGGUUAUCGAGUUUGAUUUCUCUCUGAAGGGGCCGGAGUUACUCGCGGUCUCCCUCUCCUCGUCGUGGGCGGAGCCGCAGUCGCAGUAGAAGCUUGAGCCGGAGCCGCAGUUACAGGUCCGACCUCCGUGUCAAUUUUUAAAAAUCUUUUUUAUUUCUGUCUUUGUUUCACUCAAACUUUUUAUCAUCCUUUUUCCGAAAUUCAUUGACGAUCUCUCCACCAUCGUCAGUCGGUCCCGGUCUCCUGCUCCGAGGAGAGACUACAGUGUUGAGCGCGAUCGGAGAUCCAGGAGCCCCCGUGAUAGCCGGAGCCCGCCGCCAUCCAAAGUGCGGCGGCGCAGCCUGUCUCCCGUCGGCAGCCGGAGCCCUCUGGAAAGGCCAAGUCCCCAACGGGGCGACCGCAUGAAGGCCGAGAGAAACGGGUCGGACUACAGCAGGAGCCCCAGCAGGGAGAUGACCAGGAGCCCCAGCAGGGAGCUAAGCAGGAGCCCGCCCAGAAGGGAGAUGAGCAGGAGCCCCAGCAGGGAGAUGAGCAGGAGCCCCGCCAGAAGGGAGAUGAGCAGGAGCCCUAGCAGGGAGCUAAGCAGGAGCCCACCCAGGAGGGAGAUGAGCAGGAGCCCUAGCAGGGAGCUAAGCAGGAGCCCACCCAGGAGGGAGAUGAGCAGGAGCCCCCCCAGAAGAGAGAUGAGUAGAAGUCCACCCAUCAGGGAGCUAAGCAGGAGCCCGCCCAGAAGGGAGGACAGUGGGAGCCCGAGGAAGGAGACCAGCAGGAGCCCGUUGAGCAACGAGGGGGGGGACUCCCCAUCCGAGCGCCAACUGGGAAGCCCUCAUGCCAACGGCCAGAGCCCGUCCCCCAGCGGCGGCCGCGCCGCCUCUCAGCCCCGUGGCGACGGGGAGGACUCCCCCCGGGACUGA